AUGAAUCGGAUAUCGCUCAUACUUCUGCUCCUCUGCGGGUUUGUCGCUCUCGUCAGCGCAAACUCAGCGCCGACGUUUUGCAAAUGCACCUGCUUUAAAAACAGUACCAUCGUCGCCCUGGGCCCCCAACAUUCCGAUGAAAAGACAGGUUCUACCUCGCGAAACCACCCCUCCUCUCACGACAUGAAGCGCGCCGCCUCCUCGUCCUGCUCCCAAUGCACCAAAGCCUUCUGUCUCAGCCGCGGCAUCGACUUCUGCCGCGAAGCCAAGGAAGAGAAUGUGCAGACCAUGUGCUUCCAGCGCGACAGUAACAAGGAUCGUGUUAUCGUCUGGGGAUUUCUUCUGGGUACUACGGGAUUGCUGGGUUGGGCGGCGUUCAAGCAUGCGCAGGAGUUGCGAGAGGGGAAGAGACAAGCUGAAGCGGCGCAGGCGGGACAGGCAGGUCUGGCAAGAGGGAAUUACAGCCCGCUAGGUUCGACUGGUCAACAGUGA